GUAAAAUCCACUCAGCCUAAAGAUUUCAAUCAUGGCUGCAACUUCCUCUUACAUGGCUUGCACUAAAUUCUCCAUGCUGGGUUGGGGUAGGGGAAAAAGAGAUUUGAGAAAGCCGAGGGUUGUUUCAGUUUCAGCUCAACAGCAAGCUCAAGUAGGAGAAGAAGCACAGGAAGCAGUAGUGCAAGAAGAGCAAGAGAAGGUGAAGCAACAAAGUACACAACCGAGGCCAGUGGAACCGCAACUGAAUGUAAAGAGCAAAAACAUGAGCAAAGAAUACGGAGGGCAGUGGCUCAGCAGUGUCACGCGGCACGUCAGAAUCUAUGCCGCCUACAUUGAUCCAGAGACCUCUGAGUUCGAUCAGACGCAGAUGGAAAACUCACCUAUACUUGACCCUACUGAUGAGUUCGUGUGGACUCCUGAAACUUGCAACAAAGUUUAUUCUUACUUCCAAGAGCUUGUGGAUCACUACGAGGGUGCACCAUUGACAGAGUACACUCUACGUCUCAUUGGUUCAGACAUAGAGCACUACAUCAGGAAGCUACUAUAUGAUGGAGAAAUUAAGUACAACAUGAAUGCCAAGGUACUGAACUUCAGCAUGGGGAAGCCACGCAUUCUAUUCAACAACGAUGGCCAUUUUCAAGAUGCAGAAUGACAAGAUUUUCACAAAAAUGGCUAAAUGGGAGAACA